AUGAGUCUUUCGACUGAAACUCUUCUGUUGAUCUUCAUGGCGGCUGCUUUUGCACUAGAUCCUUCUGCUAGCCAGUUGGUAGGCGACGUGGACUUCCCGGACUUGGAGGAUAAUUCGGAUUUCGAUGAAGUGGCUUUAAUUGGAUUGCAAGGAAUUACUAAUGCCCCAAUUAUCACAGCAACUCCAAACUCAGUUGUUGGAUCUUUAAAUGUGUCUAUAACAAUUGAUACAACAACAACUAGUGGUAUCACCAAAGAAUCCACCGAAGAAUCUACAGUCGUAGUUACCACAACAAACUCUCCAACCACAGCUCGCUCUUCAACGUCUGAUUCGACAACAAGCGAUAGCACCAAAUCUUCUUCAACAGCUGCUGACUCCACCACAGAUAAAUCUUCAACAUUGGUUUCUACCACAGCUUCUUCAACCACAUCCCAGGCUUCAAGCAAAACUGUUCCUACAACAACCGAUUCUACAACUAAAGAAUCGUCAACGACAGCUUCCACCACAAGUUCUCCAACAACCACUCAGUCUUCUACGGCUGCUUCAACAUCAAUCUCUAAAUCUUCUCCAGCCACAACAGAUUCCACCACUCAAGAAUUUACAUCGGAGUCCACAACUCUGUCUUCCGAGGCUACCUCAUCCACAACAGAUUUCAGCACAACUUCUAAAUCCACUACUAGUUCCACCACAGAUACCUCAACAACAACGGAUUCUCCCACAUCUUCAUCAACGUCAACGGACUCCACCUCAGGCUCUCCAACAACUACUGUUCCUAGCACUUCAACUGAUUCCAGUACAUCUUCCUCAGCUACAACGGUUUCUACAACGGACUCCACUUCAGGUUCCUCAACAACUACUGAGUCUUCCCCCUCUGUUCCUAGCACUUCAACUGAUUCCAGUACAGCUUCCUCAACCACAACGGUUUCUACAACAAAUAUUUCAACAACAGAUGAAACUACAACAGAUGAAUCUACAACUUCUUUUUCCACCACAGAAUCUACAACAUCAACUGAUUCAUCAACAAGUGAAUCCACCACAACCAUUUCCACCACGACCAUUAUAUUGCCAACGGAACAGGAAGUAAUUUUAACGCUCUUGGAGGAAAAUUCGGUGAGGCUAGAUCUGUCGAAUUCUCUGCUUGAUACCAUCAGCACAAUCAACUGGAAUAUUAACAAUGACCUAGGAAGUCAAACGGAAUUCCUUAACUUAAUUGAAGACACAGGAAAGCUUCUCCAAAACAAAACCCAAGAACUUUUAUCUUGGGAAGCUGAGCUUCUUAGAGGAGUCGUUAACUCCAUUCAAAAGAUAGACUUUUUUGCCAACGGAUCAACAGAAUUCGUAUCUGAUUUACUGCGAUUCCAAAUAAAAAACGAGAAUCGAGUAAAGAGCUUGGAGAAAAAACUAAACGACUCGCAAGGACGAAUUCUAGGCAUCGCAAAAGGUUUGGACGACAAGGUCAAAUUUCUUAAUCAAUUACUUCAGGGCUAUAUUGAGCCAAAAGUUGACGAGUUAAAGGAUUUGUUUGCUAAUGUGAACAAGUCCCAAGUCGAUUCCCUAAUUGAACUAAAAAAUGUUCCUUCGAUUAGAAAUCAUACCGAGUCUUCGAUCAUCAAGCUAUCAUCCUUAAACAACCAAUUAGCUAUUUUCAACCAAACUCAAGAAAAUAGUUUGUAUUCCGUAGAGGUUGCACUUAGAAACUGGACCCCCACUAACCUGGAUGCAAUCAACGACCUUUUCCAGACCCUCAGCAUUUCCCAAAAACGCACUGAUUUGGCAUUGGCCAUUUGUGGAUCUUCGGGGUAUAACACCAAAGGCUUUCCUACUCAUUUGAUAAACUAUAGCAGUAAGGACUAUGUAGACAGCUCAGAAAAGCCUAUCCAAGAGAAGAAAACUUGUUCUACAGAAAACUCAAGUGGAGAAGAUGAGAUAUUGGAGGAAUCUCCAGAAACAUCUUGGAAGGUUGUGGCCCCUGCAUAGAUCAACUAAAGAUAGUGAAAAUGGAAAAGGAAUUAUGGAAACAGAAUGAAUGAAUUACCAAAUUUAAGUUUAAAUUAGAUAAAUGUAUCUAUAAAAUAUAAGUA